AUGAAAUUCCUCGCGGGUGUACGGAUACUCCUCACUAGUCUCCUGUUGGUAUCCACGGUCUGUGCUACCGACAGACUGGGACCUAGGGCUACCGAAGGGGCAGGCCAGCUGGAUCCGUCAGUUGCAGCGAAGGUUCUGCAGAAUUUCCCCCAAUGUGGUGUCGGCUGUCUCGUCAAGAUUGUACCAGGCUCGACAUGUGGCUUCAACACAACCUGCGUGUGUCAUGAUGCGGCCCUUCAGAAACAGAUAGCUGGCUGCUUGGCCAUGCAAUGCACCAGUCUUGAAGCAUUAUCUGCGAGAAAUGCCUCGGCAACAAUGUGCCACGAGCCUGUCCGUGACAAGAGAUUGGAGCAGGCUCUUGUGUCUAUUGUUGGCUGCGGUGUGACUCUCAUCAUCUUCAUCGUGCGCAUAAGCUUCAUCGUCUUCUCGAAGGACCGGACGUUGGCAUUGGAUGAUUACGCCAUUAUUGUUGCCAUGGCUGCUACCUUGGCGGUCAGCUCCAUUAGUCCCAUAGGCAUGUUUCCAUACUGCUCCCCAGGAUGCAUCAGCGUGCGGCUAACAGUAUUUGCAGCGGACUACCAUGGGGUCGGUAAAGACAUCUGGACGCUUGAUAAAUACAACUUGGAAAUGGCGUUAUUCCACUAUUACAUAGCCGAGAUUGUUUAUUUCGUCGCCCAAGGGUUUGCGAAAGUAGCAAUGUGCCUCUUCAUGCUACGAAUCUUCCCCAAGAAGAACAUGCGUGUCAGGAUCUACAUGGUCUGCGGCCUUGUGUUCGCCUACAUGAUCGCCUUCAUAACUGCAACUCUGCUGCAGUGUCAACCAAUCAGUUACUUCUGGAAGCAGCUUGACGAUACGGUCGAGGGGAGGUGCAACAACAUACACCUGCAGGCCUGGAUCUCCGCUGGCAUCAACAUCGGACUUGACGUCAUCAUCAUCGCCUUGCCUAUCAAGAGCCUAUGGGCAAUGCAGGCCAGUCUCGCCAAGAAAGUUACUGCUAUAUGCAUGUUCUCACUCGGCGCCCUGGUGACGAUCAUCAGCAUCAUCCGUCUACAGUCUCUGAUUUCGUUUUCCAAGUCUAUCAACCUCACGUGGGACGGAAGACAAGCCGGAUCGUGGAGUCUGGCUGAGUUGUACGUCGCCAUCAUCUGCACGUGCCUGCCAACAAUACGAAUCAUGGUUAUGAAGGUCGGAACGAAGAAGUUCGGCUGGACUGGUGCUUCAUCGAGUGGCCCGUCCCAAGGCUCAGCAAAGACUGGUUUCGUCAACUUCAGGUCGCAAGGGUCGAACAAUUCUACAACAACGUCAAGAAAGGAUUUCAAGGGCUCGGAAUUCAUCAUGCUGAACGACGUAGACUCUGUUCAUUCCAAGGGGCCAGCGAGAGAGCGAACGGACUUUUAG